AGCAGAUCAAUAUUUGGCUUUCAUAGAUCAGUCCUUCCUCUUUUGAUGCUCAGUGUGUGGGGAAUGGAAGGGAAUCUGUGAUUUGGAUUUUCAUAUUUUAAGGCCACCAUGAAGGCCGUUAAGUGUCCGACAGAUGAGCUGUCCUUCACCAAUCGGGCCAUCGUCAGUGACAAGGACUUUGAUGAGAAAACUGUCAGCCAUGUUGAAAUCCAGACCUCGCCAGGCAAGUCCUUUGUAUUUACCAUCAAGACCUACCCGCGUAUGACCCCGGGGACGAUGGGCUUUAAUCUACCGCAGAGGAAAUGGGCAUUUAUCUCACUAAGUCAGGAACUUUCAGUAAAACCAGUCAAGUUCAACCCCCGUACAGACAGUAUUGGGACACUAACCCUGGAAGUGGACUUCUUACAGCAGAGAAUGGCCAAUUCUGAUCCAUAUGACACAGACAAGAUGGCACAGGAGUUUCUCAUGCAGUUUGCUAACCAAGCCUUUACUGUUGAUCAGUUCCUGGCCUUCAGCUAUGCUGAAAAGAAGAUGCUUGGAGUUGUCAUAAAACAAGUCGAAGUCAACGACUUCAAUGAAAUGAAAGAUGGAGCUCCUAUGUUAAAAAAGACCAACAUUGGUGUGCUGACCCCCAAUACUAUUGUGCUGUUUGAAAAGGCUGAGAGCUCGACUCUUCAUCUGACGGGAAAAUCUAAAACAAGACAAGCUCACACCUCCAUCAUCAAUCCUGACUGGAACUUCCAGAAGAUGGGCAUCGGCGGUCUAGACAAUGAAUUCUCUGCCAUCUUCAGGCGAGCAUUUGCUUCCAGAGUAUUCCCUCCAGAAGUUAUAGAACAGCUCGGUAUGAAGCACGUCAAAGGUAUACUGUUAUUUGGUCCUCCAGGAAACGGUAAAACUCUGAUGGCCAGGCAAAUAGGAAACAUGUUGAAUGCCCGUGAACCCAAAAUUGUAAAUGGUCCCCAAAUCCUGGACAAAUAUGUGGGAGAGUCUGAAGCCAAGAUCAGAAACUUGUUCAAGGAUGCUGAGGAAGAAGAGAAGAGAUGCGGACUUCACAGUGGACUACAUAUCAUAAUCUUUGAUGAAAUUGAUUCCAUCUGUAAAUCUCGCGGAUCAGUGGCCGGUAACACUGGCGUCCACGAUACUGUAGUAAACCAGUUACUAGCCAAGAUUGAUGGUGUAGAACAGCUCAAUAACAUCCUGGUCAUCGGAAUGACGAACAGGAAGGAUAUGAUAGACGAGGCUCUACUCCGACCUGGCAGACUGGAGGUACAGAUGGAGAUCGGUCUUCCUGAUGAGAAGGGCCGUAACCAGAUAUUACAGAUACACACGACUACAAUGAGGGAAAAUGACAAACUAGCUUCCGACGUCAAUAUACCAGAACUGGCCGUCCUCACCAAAAACUUCAGUGGGGCAGAGAUUGAGGGAUUGGUCAGGUCUGCACAGUCUACAGCCAUGAACAGGCUCAUCAAGGCCACAUCAAAGGUUGAGGUAGACCCAGAAGCUAUGGACAAAUUAUGUGUUACAAAGAUUGACUUUAUCCAUGCCCUGGAGAAUGAUAUUAAACCAGCCUUCGGUAGCAGUAAGGAAGAGUUUGAGAAGUAUGUGUCUAAUGGUAUAAUUAACUGGGGAGAUCCAGUAAGCCGAGUACUUGAGGAUGGAAAUCUGUUGAUCGCCCAGACGAAGGCCAGCCAAACCACACCAUUAGUCACCGUUUUACUAGAGGGUCCACCGGGUAGCGGGAAAACAUCACUAGCUGCUACUAUUGCUAAGAAUUCAGACUUUCCAUUCAUCAAGAUUUGUUCACCGGAGAAUAUGAUCGGUUUUACUGAAACAGCAAAAUGUCAAGCCAUCAAAAAGAUAUUUGACGAUGCGUAUAAAUCUCCUCUGAGCUGUAUCAUUGUGGACGAUAUAGAGAGACUAUUGGAUUACGUACCCAUUGGUCCGAGGUUUUCAAACCUGGUAUUACAGGCCCUCCUAGUAUUACUGAAGAAACCGCCGCCUCAUGGUCGGAAGCUGCUGGUGAUCGGGACGACAAGUCGUAAGGACGUUCUAAAGGAGAUGGAGAUGGCUAGUACAUUCUCCACCAUCGUACACGUGUCCAACAUCUCCAAUGCUGACCAUCUCCUGAGUGUGCUGGACAAUACAGAACUCUUCAACAAGGUUGAGAUGCAGACAGUACAGCGCAAGAUUGCAGGGAAGAGAUUAUGGAUUGGCAUCAAGAAACUGUUAGUAUUAAUGGAAAUGGCUAAACAGAUUGACGAUUCCCAUCGGAUUAUCAAGUUUUUGUGUAUAUUGGAGGAGGAAGCAGAGCUGGACAUGUGAAAUGUGGAGAACAGUGUUCACAGCUCUGUUUAGUGUUAGAAACUUAAAAACGAUUUAACUUAUAGACAUUUACAUUGAAGAUUCUUUUACAAAAAUUCAGCGAAUUUGAGUGUUUGUAUUUUAAACCAUUGAUUCUAAGUGGUUUAGUUAAUAAUUAGAGUAAUAUGAUUAGUGAGAAGAGCAGAUGUGUUUUAAUGACUAUUUAAUUAAUUAAUCACAUCUUAACCCUCCUUAAGAGUGACAAUGUUAGAUAUGGAGGUACACGAAAAGUAAAAUUACUUGGGUGUUAUCAAGGCGAAAAUGGUAAUGGAAGGCAUUUUGAAGACUUCUGGUCGCUUCUUAGAGAGUUAUUGUUAUCAUAGGAAUAAAAAAAGUUGCAGUCGCUGGCUGCGUAAACUGAGGGUCGCUUAAUAGAGUUAAAAUAUAUAGCGAAAAACGCUUGAGAGGAAUUGAAAUGGUCGCUUGGAACAGAGAAUCGCUUAAUAGAGAUGGUCGUUUGGACAGAUUUGACUGUCUGUCAUUAGCAAAGUCCUACAGACAAUCUCUCGUACCAAUCAUGUGUAUAAUGCAUAGAUUUGUUCUAUAUGAAUAUCACAUUCUUAGUCAGUAGAAAAGUAGCAGGAGGGACAGAAUUGAAUUUCUACAAUCCUGAAUUGUGUCAGUACGUUACUAUUUAUAGAUAGGGACCGGAUUACCGUUGUAUAAUAUGUCAAUAUUAUCCUGGAAAUGAUUUGGGUUUGUGGACCAUAGUACCUGUAUAUAUCAUAUAAAGUUAAUUUAUCAAGUACAUCUAGUUAUCAAGUAUCUUUGUAUAGCAUACAUGAGUAUUAACACUCGAAACCUACGUGGGGCAGUUGCCAGGUACUGACCGAAGGUCGGUGGUUUUUCUCCGGGUACUCCGGCUUUCCUCCUCUUCCAAAACCUGGCACGUCCUUAAAUGACCCUGGCUGUUAAUAGGACGUUAAACACAAAACAGACAAACAAAUGAACGAGUGUUAACAUUUUUAGGAAAUUCCUUCCAUAUUGGAUAGAUGUAGAUACUGUAAAUAAUCUUGUAGGAUUACAAGCAGUAGGAAUGGUACAACAAAUGCUAGCGAUUUUUGAUUCAGUAGGAAUUAUUUAAGAAUGAAAUCAUGUUUAAACAACAACCCAUAGCGAUUUUACCUUUGAAACAUGAAUAAGCUAGGCGAUGUCUGAAGUAUUGAUAUAGAAUAGAUUUCCAUCACUCGACUAAUUGUUGUCUUAGAAUAGAAAUUUCAGAUUAAUAAAUAUACAAAUCCUUGUCAAGCCUUUUAUACAUUUUUCUCCCCUAAUGUUGGGAUAUCCAGUUCUUUUAAAGUUUUGAGUUUAUUGACCAGAAAGCUGUUAAUUCAACGAUUUAUUCAUUUAAUUAUUCCAAUAUUAUGAUAUAUACUGUUUACUUAUCAUUGAUGUAAAUUUCACUCAAGAUGUAGUUAAUUCUGUCAUUGUGUGUCUCACAGAUGUUAGAUAUGACCCCUUUCCCCUAUUCUGUAUUAGGCACACUAACAGACAGAGGGUGGGAGAUACCUCCUAUAAUAACCGUUAUAUGACAUUUAAUUCAUUUUUGCCACGUCCAUAAUGCUAUACUAACAUCAAGACACAUCCUGCAGGGCCAUCAGAGUAAGAGAAAAAAAUAUCACUCGCCCUUAAUACUCUUAACUAAGGAUCUCCUCAUUGGAUUAAAGUCCCUCCAUCUCGCCCCAAAUGGGGUUAUGACUCAUUGGCAGGAACUGAAAAGGGCUGAUUUUUGGGUGAAGUCGAUACAUUUCAGUAGUGUUUACAUUAUUUAAAUCAAGAGAUGAUACGUUUUCUACCAUUGUUUAUGUUGUUAAUAUAGCCAAGUAAAUGUCUGAGAGUAGAGCGAGUUGUUGGUGUAUAUACUAGGGACGACCCUGACUUAUAUUAAAUACAGUGUGUAGAUGACAUCUACUGUUUAAAUGUUAAAUAGUGUAACAUAUUAUUGUUUAUGUUUACUGUGUUAUGUAGAAAACUGUCGACCCUGUUUUGUAAUAUGUUCAGUUUUAUUAAUGAAUAAUGGUAAAAUUCUGUUAAAGCAUGAAAAACAUCAUUUUAAGUAAUUGUUGGAAUACAAGGGAGACAACUCUUGUAAAUAGGAAAUUGCUAUUUCAGGCUGGCAUGAACAGCAUAGGGACAUGGUAAUAGUCAUGUUACCUGAUAGUAUUAGAAUAUUUCAGGUCCCUGUGAUGACAGAAUACAUUGGGUUAUGUAAAGAAAUGUAAUUAACUUGUUGAUGACAAAAUCAAAUGUCUCGCAAAUUGAAAACAGCAAUGUUUCCAAGCUCCUGUGAGGCCUAAACAGGGCGUCCAUGUUAGCCCGCGAACUGCAAUGUGUUACAGUGCUGAGGGACUAUGUUACAGUGCUGAGGGGCUGUGUUACAGUGCUGAGGGGCUAUGUUACGGUACUGAGGGGCUAUGUUACAGUGCUGAGGGGCUAUAUUUCUACAAUAGUCACAUGUAGAUGUACGUAGUUUAAUGGCGAUUUGUAGUUACCUAUAGUUGUCAUCUCUCAAACUGAAAGGUGGUCGGUUGGCACAGUGGUAACACUUUCCUUUCACCUAGGCGGACAGAGUUCGAUUCUCCGAUCGGACGUGAAAAGGUAUGGGGUGUCCUGCCCGACCACGUGGGUUUUCAGCUGGUCCUCCGGUUUUCUCCCACAGUAAGACCCCUCGCACACUUCAAUCCGGGCCAACAAUUGUGAUUAAUAUAAGCUUAUAUAGCUUGUUUCUCAUUUGUUGUGAAACAAAAGCUUACAUAUUUUUUUUUUCAAACAGUGAAGGGUAAGGUUAGGCUUUCUACACUAGGCGUUAGAUGUAGUUCCUUGUGAUCUCGUGACUAUUUCAAUGUUUAUAGAUAUUUUAUACCGAGAGUUAUAAGUGCUAUGAAUAGAAUGUGCAAUCCUACUUAGAGUAAGUGUGGAUGUGAAUGUUUACACAAAACUUUAAACAAUUUGUACAAAGAUUAUUUAUUUCAUUGUCUUACCGCCCUCUUGUACAAAGGUACACAUAUGUACACCAUUGUAUACUUUAAUGAAGUCUUAAGAGGAAAUAUUAAUUGUACUAGUCUGUCUGUUGAAAUGGUUAUAGGAGCUUGGUGUUUUAUAAAAAAAACAAACAUGUUUAUCUUCAGUAGUGAAUGAUAAAACUUUAAACUUUUUUUCUAAAAUCUAGUUUUCAUUUUGAGUGAAAUGCCAGAUUAGUUUCAUUUGCAACCUGGAAUAUUUUAUUGAAUGACAACUCGGCUUUAAAUCUGAUCUUUUAUAAUAAAAAAUGCGAUGAUUGUUUCCCUAACUAUAACAGUUACACUUUUGUACAUUUUGGUGAAAAUUGAGUAUUGCAUUUUUUUCAGUUUCCAUGACAACCAGUCGGCCUUGUCAGUCAUGUGAUCAAGAUUCCAUUUCUAACCCCUUUUAAAAAGAAAUACAGAAACAGAGUAAAGGAUCUAUUGCCCGAUAUUGUACAACAGGCAAUAUGGUUAGGUGUUUCUGAUACUAGUUCUGGGUUCUUAGUCUGGCCGUAUCAUAGUGAUUCGAAUCCUUAUGUUAUGUCUGAAUUUGAUGAAUCUGUACAGAAUUUUGUUCUGGUAACAAAAGAUUGAAUUGAUGCUGUUUUAAUAAACAUAUUCCAACUGUU